AUGCGCGAAGGGAGGCGGAGCCGCGCAUGCGCCGUUAAGAUCCGCGCGGCCGCGCAAGCGCAGUGCGCGCMGCAGCCGUUACGCGCCACCAUCCGGGGCCUGGCGGCGCCAUCUUUGAGGCGGGUGGAGGAGACGCGUCCAAAAUGGCGGCUCCCAAGCGCCAGUAGCCGGCGCGGCGGGCGGGCCUUUCUCGGCUUUCAGAGCGGCGGCGGCGGCCCGGAGCGAGCGGCGGAGGCGGCGGGAAGAGGCGCCCGGGGUCGGCGGGCGGCGGGUGGCUGCAGGCGCCGCCAUCUUGUGCGCGCGGCGAGGAGGAGGAAGAGGAGGAGGAGGARGAGGAAGAUCCGGGCACCGGGCGGCGCCAUCUUGGAACCCCCCCUUCGCACAGCAGCGCGCCGCCAUCUUGUGACCCCUCCCCCGCGCACCCSGGCACCGGUCGCUCCGCCGCCUUGGAGCCCCUGCGGUAGCGGAGCCGCACCCGGACAGGCAGCGGGGCACAUGGCAGGCCUGGGCGGGGGGGGCUCCCCUCCUCGGGCCCCCCCGGGCCCCCCGGCGCUGCAGCCCCGUUGGAAGCGGGUGGUGGGCUGGGCCGGCCCCGUGCCCCGACCGCGCCACGGCCACCGCGCCGUGGCCAUCAAAGAGCUCAUCGUGCCACCAACCAAUGGUUCAUCCCCGCUGUUCGCGGUGACAUCCAAUGGUGUCACUGUCCCUAAUCUGUCCCUUUCUGUCCCCAAUGUGUCCCCACAGCCACCAACCAAUGGUUCAUCCCCGCUGUGA